AUGAGGACCACAGUCAUUGCAACCUUCUUUGGUGUGUUUCUUAUAUGUACAUAUGCAGCUAAGGAAGCCACAAAGAAGACUAAAAAGGCUAAGCUAUAUGUACCCCAGAUCGAUUGUGAUGUCAAGGCGGGGAAGAUAAUCAAUCCAGAAUUCAUUGCAAAAUGCCCUCCUGGAUGUCAAGAUGUAAAAUACCGUGUUUAUGGCACAGACAUUUAUGCUUCCUUCUCCAGUGUGUGCAAUGCUGCAAUUCACAGUGGCAUAAUUGACAACACAGGCGGGAAGAUCCUCGUCCAGAAAGUCGCCGGCCACUCCAGUUACCGCGGGAGCUUCUCCAAUGGGGUCCGCUCCCUGUCACUGCCACGCUGGAGGGAGUCCUUCCUCGUGUCAGAGGGCAAGCCAAGAAAAGGUGUGACAUAUCCAUCAACUCUUGAAUAUUCUUCUUCAAAAAGCACAGCUGUUAAAUCAGAGCCUAAAAAGCCAGAGCAAGACCUAAAAGCUACGAAGAGUGCAGAUACCGCUAAUGCAUCAGAACAAGGGGAUGCAGUCCGCAAAGAGUAUCAGACAUCUCCAGUACCAACACCAGCUACACAAAUGGCCACCACAACCCCAACACCAACGACCAUGAUGACGGAUCCUUCCACCACAACACCAAAGCCAACGACAACACCUGCAACAACCAGAACCACAACAGUUGCAGCUGCAGCCAAGACUCGAGCCGGGCUGCAUAGGGUCAGAGAUAUAGGUUCUAGCAGUAUCGACCCAGCAUAUUCAUCUGUGGUAGCUGCAGCAUCAAGACAGGUUCAGGCCGCACAAGGAAGAGGACAGAAUACAGCAUUCAGGGGCACUUCCACCUCUGCAAGUAACAGGAAUAUUUUACGACCCAAUACAGGUAUUCAGCGCCAAGAGCCUGUUGCCGCCUUCUGGAGGGCCACCGGCUCUCCAGCCCACCUGGCAGUGGAAACAGACUCGUGGAAACCUGGAUUGAGCCUUUUUGACACAGGCUUCAGUUCAAAGGAAGAAUUGAAUCCAAAGCCGCUGGAGUCCAUCUCCCAGGGGAACCCAAAUUGUUUUGUUGAUUUGUCCUUCUUGAUGGAUGGGAGCUGGAGCAUCGGUAAACGCCGCUUUCAGCUCCAGAAGCAGUUCCUCAGUAACAUGGCUCAAGCCCUUGGCAUCAGCAGCACUGGUCCUCUGAUGGGCAUCGUUCAGUAUGGCAAUGACCCUUCCACAGAAUUUAACUUAAAAACUUAUACCAACUCCAAGGACCUAAGAAAUGCCAUUGAGAAGAUCCCACAGAAAGGUGGACUUUCCAACGUUGGGAAGGCACUUUCAUUUGUUAACAAAAACUUCUUUUCGGAUGCUAAUGGAAACCGAGGUGGAGCACCCAAUGUGGUUGUAGUGAUGGUGGACGGGUGGCCGACCGACCGAGUAGAGGAGGCCUCCAGGCUGGCCAGAGAAUCAGGGAUCAACAUUUUCUUCGUCACUAUUGAAGCAGCUGCUGAAAGUGAGAAGCAGAACAUUAUGGAACCAAACUUUGUGGACAAGGCAGUGUGCAGGACAAACGGUUUCUAUGCCAUCAACGUGCCCAGCUGGUUCAGCCUACACAAGGUGGUCCAGCCCUUGGUGAAGCGAGUCUGCGACACCGAUCGGCUGGUUUGCAGCAAGACGUGCCUCAAUUCAGCUGACAUUGGUUUUGUAAUCGAUGGCUCCAGCAGCGUCGGCACCAGCAACUUCCGCACAGUCCUCCAGUUUGUAGCCAACAUCAGCAAAGAGUUUGAGAUUUCAGACACCGACACGCGCAUCGGAGCUGUUCAGUAUACCUAUGAGCAAAGGCUUGAGUUCAGCUUUGACAAGUACAGCACGAAGCAGGACGUGUUGAGUGCUAUUAAAAGGAUCAGUUACUGGAGUGGUGGGACCAGCACGGGAGCAGCCAUCAGCUAUGCCUCAGAGCAGCUGUUCAGCAAAUCCAAACCCAACAAAAGAAAGAUCAUGAUUCUCAUUACAGAUGGCAGGUCUUAUGAUGAUGUCAGAGUGCCGGCCAUGGCAGCUCACCAAAACGGAGUUAUAGCUUACUCCAUCGGAGUUGCUUGGGCAGCCCAAGAUGAACUGGAAGCCAUCGCAACAGACCCCGAUAAGGAGCACUCCUUCUUCGUGGAUGAAUUUGACAACCUCUACCACUUUGUUAAUCAGCUCAUCCAAAACAUUUGCACAGAAUUUAAUUCCCAGCCACGGAACUGA